AUGCUGACAAUAUUUAGAGGCUUCCUGUGUAUUCUCUUUUUCAUACUCUUCCCAGUCGCUGAAUCAGUUCUCACCAAGUUCCAUUUCAAUGGAUCUUUCACGUGCUCCAAGAAAGUUGCUCCAUUUGUUCAGAAAGUGGACAUUUUCGAACAUGACCUGAUCACGUUCAAUGAUAAAUUAGGAGAGUUUCGAACGGAUUCCUUCCAAACGGUUGCUCCAAAUAGUAUGAACUACCAAUUUCUUUUUGAAGAUGACGGAGAUGGAUCAUCGGAUGAUGGAUUUUAUGAAAUCUUCAUGUGCAUUUGGAACACCUGUAUGAUUCCUACAUGAUUUGUUCACAACAGAGUUUCGAAAUACGUUUUCAAAACAAAACUGCCAGUCAUUGAUGGAACACUCUAUGCCACGGAGGACGUCGAUUUGGAUAACAUUUGA